UUUUCAUAUAAAUACGCGCUACUCCACUGGAUCCCAAGCUGAAGUAACAAUCCAUUUCGCGAGGCACAUUGGGUUGAGUAUGAGGCACUUUACUCUUUACAUCGGUUUUGUUCUUUCGAUCUUAUCAACUAGUAUGGCGAUGUUUCCGCCGAUCAAGAUUGACCCAGCGCGUCGCAAGAAUUACAACUUUUAUUACCCGCCGGGUUCACAAGUGAGGACCAGCCACGUCGACCGGAUUCUUAAUACAGCCAAGGCAAAAGUGAAAAAGAGUGGCUCGACAGAGCACUGCACAAAUAAUCCGAAAGAUCUUCCGACUGCAGGCAUAGUCAAAAUGAUGCAGUGCAGGCCAAGACAGAUGUCGCAAAAGAAGGGUGCAAAAGGACCGGGGGCACAGAUUAAAUUUGUUGGCCAGUGAUCAUCUCAGGUUUCUUUUGGCAAAAAAAUCAUCACAGUAUUCAACUUAUAUAAUGGUCAUUUGUCUUUCUGACUGAUCAAUCAAUUUGCAUGACAGAGUGCAAUAUCAAAAAUUGAAGGAUAUAAUCAAUCAUUCUUUUGGAAGUAUAUUGUUGUAUUGUCACUUGUAUUUCAAUAAUCAUCUAUUAGCCCACAAUUCAUUGAAACAAACUGCUUCUUCACUUCUCUUUUUGGUCAUCAGAGAUGGAUCAGCUAUAACUUUCUUUUUUGUAGUUUUUCUUUCUUGCUCUCAAAAGAUUAUGGCUGUGGCAAUUUUUGCAUCACUUGACUGUACCUAGACACACAGAAACCCUUCUUAUUCAAAGUGGAGGAUGACAUGUAAAUAAUUGUACCCUUUAAUCCUACAUUGGAAACAGAUCCUUGGAUUUUUGGCUGCAUAGUUUUCCAAAGCAUAAAUCAAUCAAUGACUUGUGAAAAGCAACCCCCCUCCCCAUUCAGAC